AUGUCUGAUCUAUCACCAUCUCGUUGUAGUACAAUUGAAUCCCUAACAGUUGAACUUUGGCGUGAUCUAUUUGAUCACUUUAAGACAAAUGAAUUAUUGUAUACAUUUCGUGAUUUGAAUACAAAAAUUAGUUUGAUUAUCGAUCAUUCGACUCAACAUUUGAAUACACCCGCGCCGAAUUUAAUAUUUUAUCGUAAACAAUGUUUCCCGGCACCAGAACGUUUUCAUUUGUAUUCAAAUAGCGUUCCAUUACCACUGUCGAUUUUGUUUCCAUUGAAAGUGACACAAAUUAAAUAUGUAGCUACGUGCGAAUUGAAUUAUAAUGAUUUGGCAUCAGGGUGA